AUAAUAUGUAAAAAACUCAUUAUACUUCUAUUCUGACAGCAUUUGCUAUCUGGAGCUAGUUUUCAAAAUUUGAAAGUGACAAGUGUUUUGCAUAAUCCUAGUCAAUGUAAGAGACAAUUUUAAGAAGCUAUCAUACUUAUUUUUUCCACAAAAUACAAUUAAGAUUUCACCCAUUGCUAUUGCCGAUGUAAUGUUCAAGUAUAAAAUAUGAAGAAAAUUAAUGUUUAUGGUUUGACAAACAUUUCAUGAGUUGUAUUUACUUUUUCACAGAACUGUACACUGAACUCAAUGAGACACCAGAUAGACCGACCUGUAUCCCACUUUCUUUGUAACUUCCUGCAUGUCUCUACAGUCUACAGUACAGUAUGAAUCAAUCUGUAUGAGCACAGAUGUACACAUGUACACAGUAAACAGCAUCUUCAGGAUCGCAAAUAGGUCAACAAAAUGGAUUCGAUCUAUGAAAAUAUUGAGUGCAUGCCUUCGACGACAGCUCCAGAUUUCAGAUUCUCUCUGUACAAAGAUGUCUCAUUUGAAGAACAAGAACAAGAGCGAGAAGUCACUUCUCCUAAGUGGACCAAAGUAUCUCUGACUCUUCUCAGUCUCUCUCUUGUUUUUGCUCUCGGAGGUCUCUGUGCAUUAGGGAUGCUUUAUUUCAAUAUGCUUGCCGAUUUGAAAUCAGCUCAAGAGAAGAACAGCACAAUCAUGAGAGAACUAGAGGAACUGGAAACUAAUUGCACCAGAGUUCAAGAAUCUCUCCCCCUUUCUGUCACCCAGUCUUGUAAUCUCACUGUGAAUGGCUGGAUAGCUUGUCAUGGAAAGCUGUAUUUAUUCAACUCUGAUAAACUGAACUGGUCAAGCAGUCGUGCUUUCUGUAUUUCAAAAGGAGCAGAUCUGGUCACCAUAACCAGCCAAACAGAACAGGCAAGUCAGAUCAGUUACAGUCUAGAGUAUUGCUAUUGAUAAGCA